GGAGCAGGGUGGACCCGCCCCGCCUCCUGCGUCACCAUGACCGUGUCCGCCCAGCAGCUGGCAGAGGAGUUGGAGAUCUUCGGCCUAAACUGCGAGGAGUCUCUGACUGAGAAAUUGGUAGAGCUGUGUGUACUGUAUGGACAGAAUGAGGAGGGAAUAGUAAGCGAGCUCAUAGCCUUCUGCACCAGGACACAGAAAAAUUGCCUUACCUCAGAGAUCCUGGCCUCUUUUGAGCAUGAGUUUCUGAGCAAAAGAUUGACCAAAGUCCAUCACAACGCCCCCAAGGACAGUGGGCAUGCGGGAGCCAGAGACAUUGUUUCCAUACAAGAGCUAAUUGAAGUAGAAGAAGAAGAGGAGACCCUCUUGAACUCUUAUACCACACCCUCUAAGGGUCCUCAGAAGCGAGCUGUCACCACCCCAGAAACGCCCCUAACAAAAAGGAGGGUGUCUACUCGCAGCCCCCAUCAUCUUCUCUCACCGUCAAGUUUCUCGCCAAGUGCUACUCCCUCUCAGAAAUACAACUCGAGAAGUAACCGAGGAGAAGUGGUUGCCUCCUUCGGCACAGCACUGGGAGUGUCUUGGUCCGGGAGAGGAGGGGCCGGUGUCACCAGCCUGAGGGUCUUGGGGAGUCCAGAAUCCCUAACCGGGAGCUACAAAUUCAUGUUUCAGAAGCUUCCAGACAUCCGAGAAGUUUUGACCUGUAAGAUAGAAGAACUUGGCAGUGAACUCAAGGAGCAUUACAAGAUUGAGGCUUUCACUCCUGUUCUAGUUCCAGCACAAGAGCCCAUCACUCUGCUGGGUCAGAUUGGCUGCGAUAGCAAUGGGAAGCUGAACAACAAGUCGGUGAUUCUGGAGGGAGACCGGGAGCAUUCCUCUGGCGCCCGGGUUCCAGUGGAUUUAUCUGAGCUGACAGAGUACUCUCUGUUUCCCGGACAGGUUGUAAUUAUGGAAGGAAUCAACACCACUGGUAGAAAAUUUGUUGCCACUAAACUCUACGAGGGUGUGCCGCUUCCGUUUUAUCAGCCCACCGAAGAGGAUGGAGAUUUUGAGCAAACCAUGGUCCUGGUGGCCUGUGGGCCGUACACUACAUCUGACAGCAUCACGUAUGACCCCCUGCUCGACCUGAUUGCCAUCAUCAACCAUGACCGGCCAGACGUCUGCAUCCUGUUUGGCCCUUUCCUGGAUGCUAAGCAUGAACAGGUUGAGAACUGUCUACUGACGAGUCCGUUUGAAGAGGUUUUCAAGCAGUGCCUACGAACGAUCACUGAAGGCACACGAAGCUCCGGCUCUCACCUCAUCUUUGUCCCAUCGUUGAGAGACGUGCACCACGAGCCCGUGUACCCACAGCCACCUUUCAGCUACUCCGAUCUACCUCCAGAGGACAAAAAGCGAGUGCAGUUCGUGUCCGAUCCCUGCAGCCUCUCUGUAAAUGGCGUGGUCUUCGGCUUGACGUCCACGGAUCUGCUGUUCCACAUGGGUGCCGAGGAGAUCAGCAGUUCUUCUGGAACUUCAGACAGAUUCAGCCGAAUCCUCAGGCACAUCCUGACGCAGAGGAGCUACUACCCACUGUACCCUCCCCAGGAAGACAUGGCCAUUGACUAUGAGAAUUUCUAUGCCUAUGCCCAGCUGCCUGUCACCCCAGACGUCUUCAUAAUCCCGUCAGAGCUGAGAUACUUCAUCAAGGACAUCCUCGGCUGUGUCUGUGUGAACCCUGGGCGCCUCACCAAAGGGCAGGUGGGGGGCACCUACGGCCGACUCUACCUCAGGCGGCAGACCGCCGUCGGGGAGGGGAGGCGGAGUCCUUGUGUCGCCGCCCAGGUGGUCAGGAUCUGAGGACUCCAGGACUCUGUUGCUCCCCCCUGUGCGUGUCCUCGUAGCUGCCAGGAGCCCAGGCGCAGCCCUCAGACAAGAUCCCAACCUUGGAAGGUGAAGGAGAGGAGGCAGCCAGCUGGGAAGGAGGGGCGCGGCGAGGGCCCGGCCGGGGAGGCUUGUGCAGCUGGCCCCCAGCCCUGAGCGAGCUGCUCUGGGAGGAUGUUUGUUUCCGAUGUGCAAAGUCCAGAGUGAACAGGCUGUGGCUGCAGCAGGCUCAGAAA